AUGUCAGCAUACAGUCCGCCUGGUGAAGAGCAUGUCGCCUUUAUGCAAUGGGCUAUUGAUCAGGCCGUCAAGGUGAACGGGGUAGAGCCCGCUAGAAUUCCUGGCCGAGGCUUGGGCAUGAUAGCCACAAAGGAUAUUCAAGAGGAUGAAAUAAUGGUUGAAGUGCCACUAUCGGCCAUGCUAAGCAUUGACAGCAUUCCAGCCACAUUUGUGAAUUUGUUCAAUGGCAAGAUAUCCUUACAAGGUCUGCUCGCGGCAUUUUUCACCCAUGGCGAUCCAAACAUUCUAAAGAAAUUUGAUCUUUGGAAAGCUACGUGGCCCAACAUGGAGGACCUCGAGGAGGGAUUGCCCAUUCUCUGGUCCAAGGAACUUGGAGGUCUAGAUCUGAAGCAUAAUAGCCCCAAUGAAACUGCUAUUGCUGAUGACUUGUCAACAUCCAUCACACUCCCGCCAUCAGCUUCGGGUCUAUGGAACACAUUCCGCAGAAAGUCCCUCGUUGAAGAUUACCAAACAAAGCACCAGAAUUUAUUAAUUCGGCAGGAGAAGCGACUACGAGAUGCGUGGCACGACGUCCUUGCUGUCUUUCCUGACACUAACUGGGAAACGUUUGCGUAUUAUUGGUUGAUUAUAAAUACCAGAAGCUUUUAUUAUUUAAUGCCUGGCCAGGAGCGCCCCGAGGAUACGAAUGAAGCUAUGGCACUGGUGCCGUUUGCAGAUUAUUUCAAUCAUAUCGACAACGCAGAGUGUGAUGUGAACUUUGAUGGGCAAACGUAUACAUUUCGAGCAACGAAGGUUUACAGUCAGUCUCAGUCUCUUCUCCUUUUUUACUUAUAUGAGCUGAUUCCGGUUCCUCCUGUAGAAAAAGGGGAAGAGGUGUAUAUGAGUUACGGGCCACAUCCGAAUGACUUUCUUUUCAUUGAAUGUAUAUUAGCCAUCCUGCCUUCCCCAAGUGCUUCGAAUGCUGACAAGAUCAUUAAAAAAGAUGGGUUUUUCCUUGAGGAAAACGAGUCCGAUGCGUUAUACCUCGACGAUAUCAUCUUCAAAGACUUCACAGCUGCCGAAAAGGAAGAACUGAUCUUUGAAAGAUAUUAUGGGUAUGUAUUGCGCAUCUAUUCCCACGCAUCCGUUUCUAAGAAGUUAUAA